AUGACCAGGAGAGCUAAACCGUCCAAGAAUGUCGCGAAACAGAGCGCGACGCCUUCUCACAAUGCUACACUGCAUCCUCCACCAUCACGGACAGACACAGGUUCAACGGAAAAGAGCCCCAAAUCCGUCCUCGCAACAUUAACGGACGCAAAGGUGCAGAGGGCUCUGCAACUUAUCCUGCUUGCGGCCCUUUAUGCGCCCAUAUCCCAAUUAAACCUAUCCCCCGUAUAUGGAGAAAUACCAGCUGCUUUGUACCAUCGAUAUGGCCUCACUGCUUCCUUCAUGGUUGCCUUCGCUCUUCGAGGCUACCUCCCCCCUUGGGCCUCACGGUUAAUCACCCCUUUUUGCUUCUGGAUUCCUGGCAUCCAAUUCUUCCUCUUCAGAUUCAGUUCGACCCUGGGUAACCCACUGGGACCGAUGAUCACCGAGCUCCUGACUUGCUAUCCCCUUGUGUUAUUGUCUAUCUAUUAUGCGAUACAAUACUUGAACGAGAUCACCACCUUCAGCGAAUCUCGUUCCUCUUUAGGAGAAGCUGUGCCUUCAAUGGGGCUAUUUAUGUUGUUCUCCGUCCUCCACAGAGCCUGCAAGGUGUUUAUCUCGUCACUGCUUGGACACGGCUUUCUCACUUCACGAAUUGGAAUGCAGCUGAUAGUUGCAUCGCUGUAUGGGAUGGUUCUGCAGAAUAGCAUCUUGUGGCCCUCUCUUCCGGCGGUUGCUUUUACUAUGGUCGCCAAUCCGCAUUGCACACUUUCACGAACCACGGAGGUGCUGAAUCACACCUUGGCUCUCUACGACUAUACAUUACUGGAACGAAAGGAGUCGAUAACAGGCUAUAUUUCAGUGUUGGAGGAUAACCAACGAGGAUUUCGAGUGAUGAGGUGCGAUCACAGUCUCCUGGGCGGAGAAUGGAAGUUACCGCCACAAAGGAGAGUCCAGAGGAAGGUUGCAGACCCGAUAUAUUCCAUCUUUGUGAUGCUUGAAGCUGUACGUCUUGUGGAGGGCGCCUCUCCUAGUCCACACAAGACUGCUUUAAACAUCGGACUAGGAAUCGGAACGGCACCAUCUGCCUUGAUCCAUCAUGGAGUGAAUACAACUGUCAUGGAACUCGAUCCGGUCGUCCACGAAUUCGCUAUCAAAUACUUCGACUUUCCCCACAACCAUAGUUAUUACAUUGGCAACGCCAUUCAUGCGGUCACGGCCGCAACCUCGACUGAGGCAAACUCGUACGACUACAUCAUCCACGACGUCUUCACCGGCGGGGCAGAACCCGUGGAGCUCUUUACCACGGAAUUCCUCUCAGGCGUGCACAGGCUCCUGAAACCCGACGGGGUCAUAGCUAUCAAUUACGCAGGGGAUCUCGCCAUGCCUACAUCCUCCCUCAUCUACCGGACGAUCAUAUCUGUAUUCCCUUCGUGCCGAGUUUUCAGAGAAGAUGAAGCACCAGCACCCGGAGUCAAGCGGGACGACUUCACGAACAUGGUCUUCUUCUGCAGGAAGAGGAAAGGAGCCAUUAAAUUUCGAAAACCCGUCGCGGCAGAUUUCCUGGGUAGUGGUGCUCGACAGGAGUUUCUGGUGCCCAAGCAUGAAAUCGACCAGAGUGAAUUCAAUACAGAAGGCGCAGUUCUCAGAAGCGGGGAGACGAAGGAACUCGAGAAAUGGCAGGCAAAAAGUGCGCUGGGCCACUGGAGGGUCAUGAGAACGGUGCUCCCGGACGUCAUCUGGGAGAACUGGUGA